AAUUUAUCCUUAAUAUUACAUCAGCACCGCCAGCCGCCAGGCCCGUAGAUGUCCUCUUUGAAUUGCUUCUCUUAUCCGAAAAGCUCAAUCUCGCAUAGAAAUGGCAAUGCAAUGCAGAAACUUAAAUCUCACAUUGAAACCCCAAAGCAACACUGAUUGAACGCUUCACACGCAGGCUUCUGGAGAGAAAAAUCUCGAAUCCACUCACUCAUCGAAUAGUUUUUGUUCUUCUCUAUUGGUCUGGAUGUUGAUCUGAAUUUUCUAAGCAAAUCAGGAAAAGAGCUAUAAGAGGUUUGGUGGAAAAGGAUGCAGAACAACAACUCCUCUCUUGAAGAAGAGGCAUUUAAGGUUCGGAAGUUAGAGAUUUCAGACAAAGACAAAGGCUUUAUCCAACUGUUGCAGCAACUAACUUCAUGCGAUUCUGUCUCUGACAAAGAAUUCGAAGAGCGAUUCCAAGAGCUCAGUUCAUAUGGCGACAACCAUCUGGUUUGUGUAAUUGAAGAUACUCGUUCAGGGAAGAUUGUUGCGAGCGGAAGCGUGUUCAUCGAAAAGAAGUUCAUAAGGAAUUGUGGGAAAGUUGGGCAUAUUGAAGAUAUGGUGGUCGACUCUAGUGUCCGGGGAAUGCAACUAGGAAAGAAAAUUGUUGGUUUCCUGACGGAUCACGCUCGAUCAAUGGGUUGCUACAAAGUCAUCCUUGACUGUAGCACCGAGAAUCGAGCAUUUUAUGAGAAAUGCGGUUUCAAGCAAAAGGAAAUUCAGAUGGUGAGGUAUUUCAUUUGAAGGAAUGUAAGUCGUUUUUGUAUCAACGGGGCAUUUUGUGUACAAAGUUUAAUUUGGAUGCUUCAUCGGGUUUAUUAGAUAAAAUUUUGAUUAGGAAUAGAGUUUGACCCUGUUAAUAAAAUUAAAAUGUCCUUAGAAGACAUCAAGAAAAU